UAACCUCUUGGAUACUUGGAUCGAUAAAACACUGCGUUCCGAUCUAGCAAAUUAUCGGAUCGUUAAAAACCGGAUGCCGGAGUAGUGGAGAAGUACGUAAGUACUGUUGUGAGUUUCUAAAUCGGAUCGGUAAUUAACGUUUGCCGGACUGGAGCAGUGGAGAAAGGGCCCAACUGAGCUGUCAUGUAGACAUAUUCGCGAAUUCGUGGAUAGACAUAAUUAUUGGAGGUUGAAAUUGGCGAAGGGUGAAAUACCUAAUCAACCGGCGGCAUCGGAAAUGAAGUAUAUUAUUUGGGACGAGGAGUUGGCAGCAAAAGCAGCUGAAUGGGCCUCCAAUAAUCAAUAUACCCAUAACCCGGAUAGAACUGUCGGUUCAUAUCGCUUUACUACCGGUGAAAAUAUAUUCUCGCCAGAAACCACGGAUCAGUCAUACAAAUUUGAACCGAGAAGUGCAGUGGAUUCCUGGUUCAGUGAACACAAAGACUUCAACUAUGGACCUUUGCAAUCUUGGCAAUUUCACCCUUUUGCUAAGAAGAUUGGUCAUUACACACAGGUGGCAUGGUCCGACUCAAUUUAUUUAGGCUGUGGGGUCUCUAAAGCAUAUAGAAAUGGAUGGGUUUCUUACACCGUUGUAUGCAACUAUGGACCGACUGGAAAUAACAUGGGUUGGACCCCCUAUCCCGCCGGAAGGCCGAGUGGCCAGCUCGUAUGUGCCAACGAUUGCAGUAGAUUCUACGGGUACAAGUGUAGCAAUCUAUUUUAAUUUAAUGUAUGCUAUUGUUUUCAAUUAUAUUUAUUCCUAAUUCUAUAUUUUUUUAAUUAUUCCGUAUGCGAUAUAAUUCUGCGUUAAGAUUUAUAGUGUAAAAUAAAAUUGUAUAAGUAAAACAUGAAGUAUUCAACUUCGUACCUUUGUUGAAUAUUUGUAUGACAAUCUUUUAACAAAACUACUUUGUCAAACUAUUGGUAGAUAUACUAAAAUCAAGAGGCUUAAUUACUUUCUUUCAUUUUAUAUCUAACGUCACAUUUUAUCAUAUUUAAGUUAUACAUACCUACAGUUUUAAGAAAUUUUAAUAAUUUCCAAGUUUGUUUUGCUAAGAUGGACAAAAACACGUAAAAUAUUUCGUUUUCACAAGAUUCAGGUAAUUGUAUCUUGAAUGUACUUUAUCAUUACGUUAAUCGUAUUAUCGUUAUGUCAAUAAUUAUACGACAGCAAUAUCAGGUAAAGUGGCAUAAUUAUUUAGUUAUAGUUCUUUGACAAUAAUUGAAAUGGUAAGUUUAAUUUUGUGAUUUACUUUGUAAUAAAAUAUUGAUACACA